AAAUAUGUCUGAUAAUUAAACUUAUAUUCCUGAGCAACCAUGUCUAUUCUAUUCGUCCCUUCAAACUCGCUGCUCGACAAAAAACGUUGUAAAUUGACGUUCGUUGUCGCCCGAUUGAGCUGUCAAAUUGGUGAGUGCGGAAAAUUGAAAUCCUUUGCUGUUAAAAUGGCUUCUCGUCGCAUUGCACAGUCUUCUAUCAACUGGGCCUCUCUGGCUGAGCGUGUACCCGCUAACCAAAAGGCCAACUUCGGUGCAUUCAAAACCAAAUCUGACGUUUACUUGCGCAGUGUUUUGGCCAAUCCCGAAAAUCCACCACAAAUCAACUGGGCUCACUACAAGCAAUUGAUUCCAGUCGCUGGUAUGGUUGACUCGUUCCAAAAACAAUAUGAAGCACUGAAAGUGCCAUACCCAGCUGAUAAUGUAAGCCCACAAGUGGAUGCUCAAAUCAAAGAAACCAAGAGCGAAAUUGAAAGCUUCAAGAAGGCUUCCGUUGCCCGCAUUGCUGAGUAUCAGCAAAACAUUGAUCAUCUCAAACAAAUGUUGCCAUACGACCAAAUGACAAUGGAGGACUACCGCGAUUCAUUCCCUGAACAAGCUUUGGAUCCCAUUAACCGCCCAACAUUCUGGCCUCACGAUGCUGAGGAACAAAGGGACAACAAGGACCGAGCACACGCUGAACAUUAAUUGUUGUUACGAAUAGUUCUAAGCAUAAAAUCCUUGAGAACAGCGAUUGAAACGAGUAGUUGAAAUUUGCAAAAUAAAAACUUAUAAAAUGUAAAAACUCAAUACCGAAAAUAAUCUUGUUUCAAUGAAUGUGUUUGAAAA